AUGUCUGCCGCGGCUGUUAGCAUUACUCUCCCCGUCCUCCUCCGAACUCCCUCUGCGCCCUCUUCUCCUGUCGACUCAACACCCAAAUCAACUCCCGACACCAUGUCCAUCCGCCAGUUCGGAACCAUCGAGUGGUACAACGAGGCUCAGGGCUUCGGCAUGAUCACCUCCGAGUUCGGCGGCUCGCUCAUCCUGCGCUCGAGCGCGAGCAUUCCCCUCGGGACCUUGCGAGAGGGCAUGAGGGUUUCCUACGAGGCUGUACAGGGCCCGGUUCUUCUCAUGGCCGAUCAAGUCCAGCCUGAGGAAUGA